AUGAGGCGAAAACAUUGCUUUCUAGGUGUCCUGGUCAGUCUCCUCCUGUCUGGUGGAGAAGGAAUUCUGCCAGCCCGUGAUUCUCUGAAGCCUCAGAAGGUACAGUUUCAGUCCCGAAAUUUCCAGAACAUUUUGCAAUGGCAGCAUGGGAAAGCACUUACUGGCAACAACAGUACCUAUUUUGUGCAAUACAAAAUGUAUGGCCAGAGACAAUGGCAAAAUAAAGAGGACUGCUGGGGGACUCCAGAACUCUUUUGUGACCUUACCAAUGAAACCUCGAAUCUGCAGGAACCUUACUACGCAAGGGUGAGGAUGGCCUCUGCUGGGCACUACUCCGACUGGAGCUUGUCACCGCGCUUCUUUCCUUGGUGGGAAAUGAAAAUAGAUCCUCCAGUUGUAAACAUAACCCAAAUAAAUGGGUCUUCAUGGGUGGUACUCCAUGCUCCACAUUUGCCAUAUAAAGAACAAAAAGGAAAAAAUAUAUCAAUAGAAAAUUACUACAACCUACUAUACCGAGUUUUUAUAAUUAAAAAUUCACUGAAAAAGGAGCAACAAGUAUAUGAAGGGGCUAAUGGUGUUGCUGAAAUUGAAGCUCUCACGCCUCACUCUGGCUACUGUGUAGUGGCUGAAAUAUAUCUGCCCAUGUUAGACAGAAGAAGUCAAAGAAGUAAAGAGAGGUGUGUGGGAACCCCAUGA